UCAGGAGUGAAUUCCCUGUUUAUAGCUACUGCUUAUCUCCAGCAAUAAACAACCCUGUCGGUAUAAAAAGCCUCCAUCGACUCCAUGCAGCAAAGACCGCAGCAGACACCUGAGUGGCUGGGUUGAACGUAGUUCAUGAUGCAGAGCCUCAAUCUUGUCCUGGCCCUCCUGCUCCUUACAGGAGCCCAGGCCCGCUACUUCUGGCAGCAUGAUGAUCCCCAGCAGACUCGCCUGGAACGCCUGCAGGAGCUCGGCCAAGUGUACCUGGAGUCAGCCAAGACAGCAGUCCAGCAAGCUGUGGCCCAGUUCGACUCCUCUGCCGUGGCCCAGGAGCUGCAAGUGAAUUUAGGGCAGAAACUGGAAGCCCUGACAAUUGUACUGCGAGAGAUCAAGGAGCAGAUAACCCCCGAGCUGCAAGAAGUCAGGACCGAACUGGAGACGGCCUGGCAGAAGCUGAAGGAAGAGGUGACCAGGGACGUGCAGGACCUCGGAGCCCAGAUCCAGCCCUUGCUGCGCAGGCUUCGGGAGAAUGUGCAGCAGGACGCGGCUGCCUACUUCCAGCAGCUGAGUAGCGUCUCCAAGGAAAUCAACCAGGUGGCCCAGGAGAGGCUGAGGCCGGUGGCCGAGGGCUUCCGGGACAAGGUGCGGACCCACGUGGACGAAUUCCGCAAGGACGCUGCUCCCUACGCUAAGAAACUGGAGCAGCUGAUCCAGGAGAAGGUCAAGACACUGGAGCAGAGUGCCCAGGCCGAGUUCACCGAGUUGCAGACUGAGCUGCAGCAGCAACUGAGCGAAGUGCGUGAGAAAUACGGGCCCCUCUGGGAAAAGGCCCGGGAGGAGCUGCUGACCGUGCUGGAGAACAUGAAGUCCUUGUUUGUGGCCACCCAGAAUUUGGAGCAGGAGACACAGCAGCAGAGUUCCUAGAGGCCCUGCCUUGGUGGGCCCCCCAAUCAGCACUGCCUCUCCCCCCUCCCCGCAAGGGUCACGGUGACCCAUCCUAAUGGCUGAGGAGGCUGGCAAGUCCUUUGUAAGACAGUAGAAGGCCAGAAACAGCCCCCCUCCCAGCUGCUAGUCUCAUGUCCCCUCCCUAGACUUUUUUCUCUUCUCCUUUUAUGCCAAAUAAAAAAUGAUUAUAUGCAAA